AUGAACAAUAGUAUUGAAUUGAAUUUAAAUUUUAUUGAAUUCAUCAAUAAUCAAACAUGUUUAUUAUUUAUAAAAACAUUUUAUGAUUUACCAUCAACAUAUCAAAUGAAUUCAAAUAUUUAUUCCAUUAUAAAAUCAUUACAUUAUUAUGAUCAUUAUUAUGAUUUAUUACAAUGGAAUAUUAUCAUACCAAUUAUUAUUGUAAUAUUAACAAUUAUUGGUAAUUCAUUAGCAUGUUUUAUAGCAUUUAAUGAUAGACAUUUAAGGCAUAAAUCAAAUAUAUUUUUUAUAUCAUUAUCUAUUACAAAUAUUAUAUAUUCUAGUAUAAUUAUGUUAUUUAAUAUUAUUUAUAAUCUUAUUCAUCCUCUAUAUUUUAAUGAUUUAAUUAUUAAAUUAUUUUUUUCAUUAGAUAAAUUAUUUUGUACAGUCACUAUAUUACAUUUAGUUGUUAUGGCAUUUGAUCGUUUUAUUUAUAUUAAAUCACCAUUAAAUUAUUCACGUUGUAUAAAAUUAAAAUAUUUAUUAAUUAUAUUAAUAAGUUUAUGGUUUUUAGCCUUUUUAAUCACAAUUAUCCCAAUUCAAUUAAAUUGGAAUCAUAUGAAUGAUAAACAAUUUAUAACAAUCAAUAAUAAUAAUAAUAAUGUAAUCAAUACAUAUGAUACAAAUCAAAAUUAUACAAUUGAAUCAUCAAUUCAUGAAAUUCCAUUCAAACAAAUCAAUUUAUUAUCGAUUUAUAAAAUACAAAAAAAUUUUAUAUGUAUUCAUAAAGUUAAUCUAUUUUAUACAAUAACCAAUACAAUAUUUAGUUUUAUUAUCCCAUUAUUGAUUAUGAUAAUGAUAUAUACAUAUUUAUUUUUAGUAACAAAACAACAUAUUAAUCGAUUAAAUAUAUUUUCAAAUUUUAAAAAAAAUUAUUCAAAUCAUUUAAAUUUAAAUCAUCAUCAUCAUAAUAAACAAUUUAUUGAUUUAUUACAUAAUUCAUCAAAUUUUUUAAAAAAAUGUAAAACAUUUUUAAAUUUAAAUUCUAUUGAUUUCAAUGAUCAUACUAUCAAUAAAUCAAUAACAAUCUCAAUGAAUCCAUUAAAAAUUCCAACACAAUUAAAUAAUAAUAAUAGACAAUUCAAUGAUUCAUUACAUUAUAUGAAUAUAACAAAUAAAAAUGAUUUAAUAAUAAAUACAAUCAAUAAAUCAAUACAAUUUACAAAUCAUCAUUCAUAUAUAACUAUAGAUCAAUCAAUGAAUACAAGGCGUAAACAUAGUUUACCAUUAUAUAAUAUAUCAAGGAAUUCAUCAUGGAAUACAUAUAAUAAUAAUAAUAAUAAUAAUGGGAAUGAUAUAACACGUCAACAAAUAAUAAUAAAUUAUCCAGAAAAACAAAUAUAUAAUGCACAUAAAGCAGCAAUUACAUUAGGUGUAAUAUUAGGUUCAUUUACAAUAUGUUGGUUACCAUAUUUUACAAUUAAUUGUAUAGCAUCAUUUUGUGAUUGUAUACCAAGCAUAAUGAUGUUUAAAAAUACAGUGACAGAAUCGUCUAAUUGUAAUUUUGAUGCAACUGGAUGCAACAAGAGUAGUUGAACUGAUAAAUAUACAUAUAUGAGGUGAAUGUGCAGUUUUUUAUUUCUAGUCAGAAUAAUGGGUCGGUUUUAAAACGGGAUGCACGUUUUUGUGGUAAGAAGAAGCUAUUUUCGCUGCAACAUGGCUUGGUUAUUUCAAUGCCUGUCUUAAUUCACUGGUAUAUUCAUUAUUAAAUAAUAAUUUUCGUAUGUCCUGUGCAAAACUAUUAUGUGCUUGGCAUUACAAUCGUGAAAGACGUCAACAAUAUGGAUUAAAUCAAUUGAAACAUUUCGGUGAUACUCCUAUUCAAUUAGCAAUUGGUCGUGUUCCAUGGAAUAAAUUAUGAAUAUAUUUGUACUGUAGUAAUAUAAUCUUCUUAGUAUACAGUUAUGAUGAAAUAUAUACUUAUUAUCUCGCAUUAUAUAAUUUCACUAGUUUUAUGUUUUAAUAAUAAACUGUCAAUGAAAAAACUUAUAUCAUGAAUAUAUAUUCCUAAACAUAUACAACAGUAUGAGUUCAUAUUUUGUUCUUUUUCUUCGUUACUGUACAUAUCAAACUCUUAAAAGCAAUAAUAGAAGUUCUUUUCAUCGAA